AUGGCGGCGGCGGCAGCAGCAGCACCAGCGGUCCCGGAGCGAGCAGCCUCCCCCGCGGCACCGCCUCCGGGACCCGCACCGUUCGACUUCUCCCAGCCGCCCGUCAUCGAGGGCUUCACCCCGCUCCCGAGGCUCAAGGAGGAGACCUUCAAGGAGAAAUUCAUGCGGAAAACCAAGGAGAACCCUUUCGUCCCCAUAGGUUGCUUGGGAACAGCAGGAGCGCUGCUCUACGGUCUCCGAGCCUUCCACCAAGGGAAAACCCGGCAGUCCCAGCUGCUGAUGAGGGGCCGGAUCUUCGCCCAGGGCUUCACGGUGGUCGCCCUGGUGGUGGGUGUGCUGGGCACGGCUCUGAAACCCAAGCAGUGAAGACGCGUCCCGCUUGGACCUGAACUGAACAAACUACGUCGUUUCCAACAUUAGUGACAAACACACGCUAAGGCCAACUUUAUUUAUUUUAAAGCUGUGAACUCACAGUGUGGAACGGUUUGAAAGAACCCGCCUCAUCAGGAGAAGCGAGCAAGUUUUAAACUUGCUGAAGCGAAUUAUUGAGAUUUCCUAUGUUGCUGGUGGGUUAUUUGCUCCCAUGUGUCAACAGUGGAAUAAUCUGUAUUAUACCCGAAUGUGUCUUCUGAUAUAAAACAUAAACUGGG